AUGUUGACUCUUUUUAAAAAUAAAAUUUUCUUCGAAUGUCCACCUACAUUUAUUAACAAUUCAAAAAAUUCGGAGGAAUAUUCAAAUAAAAAGAGCAAAGCUAUUGUAUUACGUGCUCUUUAUAGAAUGGACCCAUUAGUUCAUUUUGAUUGUUCAGUUCGUCAUGAUGGAAUUCUGUGGGAUUGGCGAUUAGAAAAUCCGGAGGUUACAGCAACACAAUCCACAAUUAUUUGGCCCAAAAGAACUAUUUACAAAUUGAGAAGAAUUAUGAGCAAAAAUAGGAAGGGGAAUGCUCAUAUAUCAAAUAAAAGUCGAAAACGCGCGAUGUAUUUGAUAACAACAAUGCUUCCUGGAACUUCUCAACAACAAAACGGGCAUACUUCAAACUUUCAACAACAACAGAAACACAACCACCAACAUGUUCCCACAGCUCUAAUUAAUCGAAUGCUUCCCACUGAACUUAUUUUACGGGUUUUCUCUUAUUUGGAUAUUACUUCACUUUGUCGAUGUGCACAAGUUUGUAGAAGUUGGAAUAAAUUAUCAAUGGAUGGAAGUAAUUGGAUGGAUGUUGAUUUAUUUUUAUUUCAACGAGAAGUUAAAACGGCAGUCGUUGAAAGUUUAGCAAAACGUUGUGGCAAUUUUCUCAAAGUUCUUUCACUAAAAGGGUGCGAAAAUGUGCAAGAUAAUGCAAUGAGGUCUUUUGCCACAAAAUGUCCAAAUAUUGAAAGAUUAACUUUAACUAAAUGUAAAUUAAUUACUGACGGUACUUGUGAAUAUAUUGGGAGGUAUUGUUGUAAAAUUGUUAUGAUUGAUUUGGAGAAUUGUACUUUAGUGACUGAUGUUGCCAUUAAAUUUAUAAGUGAGGGUUGUAAACGUUUGGAAGAACUUAAUAUUAGUUGGUGUGAGCAAAUAACAGAUUUGGGGCUAUUUUAUAUUGCCAAAAAUUGUAUUAAUUUGAAAACACUUUUUUGUAAAGGAUUAGAAAAUAUAACCUCAAAUUGUUUUGCAAAUUUAGAAAUGGCAGAAUUGAGGAGAUUAAGUUUGCAUUCUUGCCCUAAUGUAUUGGAUGAAACAAUUAAUGAUAUUGCUAGGCAUUGUCCUCGUUUAGAAUUUCUUUCAUUAUCAAAUUGCAAAGAAAUUACUGACCUUUCUCUUGUUGCAAUAUCUCAGGGAUGCCCUCGAUUAAAGGAUAUUGAAUUGGCUGGGUGUAUUAAUCUAACAGAUGCAGGCUUUAUCCAACUUUCUAAAAAUUGUCACGAACUGGAGAGAAUGGAUCUCGAAGAAUGUUUAUUAAUAACUGAUAUUACAAUUUCUAAUUUAAAUAAUGGAUGUCCAAAUUUAUUAAGUCUUUCACUUUCUCAUUGUGAAAAUUUAACUGAUAUUGGAUUGGCUGAACUUUGUGCUUCUCAUAAAGAUAGAAUACAAGUUUUGGAAUUAGAUAAUUGUCCAAAUAUAACAGAUAAUACUCUUGAAUCUAUGAAAAUGUUACAAGUAUUGGAGAGAAUUGAUUUAUAUGAUUGUCAAAUGAUUACUAAAGAUGCAAUAAAAAAGUUUAAGCAAAGCCGUCCAGACGUGGAGGUACAUGCUUAUUUUGCUCCAGCCACUCCUCCACCACAGGCUCCUCCUGUCCGUAGAGGUAUUUGUAGAUGUUGUGCAAUUUUGUAA